AGCAAUCGAAGCGGUAACAAAGGGUGAAGUUUAGUUAGAGAGGUACCGAUUAACGUUUUCACAGAGGCACUUUCUCUGAGAGAUCAACAAAGUGUUAUGAGAAGAAUGGCUCUAAUUCCGAAAUUGUUCUCGCAUUGGUGGGAGCAUCUCGACCGACCCCAUCGACUGAUGGACCAGCAUUUCGGCCAUGGCCUGCACCCGGAUCAGUUGUUCAACCCAUCGUUCUACGACAGACGAUUUCCCUUCGUCUAUUACAGACCUUGGGGCGAACUCUUCAGGGACGACGAAUCCAGCGGCUGGUCCGUUGUGAAGGCGGACAAGGACAAGUUCCAAGUCGCCCUGGACGUCCAACAGUUCAAGCCCGAGGAGGUCAACGUUAAGGUGGUUGACAAGUACGUCGUGGUCGAGGGAAAGCACGAGGAGAAGGAAGACGAGCACGGGAUGAUCUCGAGGCAUUUCAUGAGGAAGUACAUGAUACCGGAGCAGUGCGACGUCGAGAAGGUCAGCAGCACCCUCUCCUCGGACGGGGUCCUCACCAUCACCGCCCCCAGGAAACCAGAAUCCAUCGAACAGAAGCAGGAGAGGACCAUUAAGAUCGAGCACGUCGAGAAGCCCGCCAUUGAGAAGGCUGCGAGCAAGAGCAACUGAUUUCAUUAAUUUGUAUAUCUUUAGCUGUGUAACUUAUGGAGUUCGUUCCUUGUAUAUCUUUUUCACCAACUGCCUUUUCGUGUAAUAUACGUAUUCAUGUUUUGUAUGUUUCUUCCCGUACGUCAUAGUAUAUCAUACUCGAUACUACGUCAUAUGUCAAUCUCAGGAAAAAUGACAGUAUUAAUAAACUGCUGUUGGUAAUUA